UCGUCAAAUAAAACAAACUCCUCCUCACUGGGCUACUGCCAAUAAAUCAAACUCAUCCCAGCGAAGAGCCGGACGAGCUUCGAAUCGAAUCCUUCCCCUGAGCUUUCCCUCUUCCUCCUCCUCCUCCCCUCUUUCUCAGCCCAGCGAAGCUUCCAAAACCUCUAGGAAGAUUCACCCCGAGCUCGGAGCCCAUGGAGAAGUACGAGCUGCUCAAGGACAUCGGCGCCGGCAACUUCGGCGUGGCGCGGCUGAUGCGGAACAAGGAGACCAAGGAGCUCGUCGCCAUGAAGUACAUCCCCCGAGGCCAAAAGAUUGACGAGAAUGUGGCGAGGGAGAUCAUAAACCACCGCUCGCUGCGGCACCCCAACAUCAUCCGGUUCAAGGAGGUGGUGGUCACGCCCACGCACCUGGCGAUCGUGAUGGAGUACGCCGCCGGCGGCGAACUGUUCGACCGGAUCUGCAACGCCGGGAGGUUUAGCGAAGACGAGGCCAGAUACUUCUUCCAGCAGCUAAUAUGCGGCGUGAGCUACUGCCACUUCAUGCAAAUUUGCCACCGAGACCUGAAGCUGGAGAACACGCUGCUGGAUGGCAGCCCGGCGCCUCGCCUCAAGAUCUGCGACUUCGGUUACUCCAAGUCGUCGCUGCUGCACUCGAAGCCCAAGUCGACGGUCGGCACGCCGGCGUACAUCGCCCCGGAGGUGCUCUCCCGCCGGGAAUACGAUGGCAAGACAGCAGAUGUGUGGUCUUGUGGAGUGACCCUUUAUGUGAUGCUGGUCGGUGCUUACCCUUUUGAGGAUCCUGAUGACCCCAAGAAUUUCAGAAAGACAAUUGGGAGGAUAAUGUCAAUCCAGUACAAAAUACCGGAGUACGUUCACGUAUCCCAAGAUUGCAAGGAACUGCUUUCAAGAAUUUUCGUCGCAAACUCUGCGAAGAGAAUAACAAUCAGGGAGAUCAGGAACCACCCCUGGUUCCUGAAGAACUUGCCUAGAGAGCUCACAGAAGCUGCACAGGCAAUGUACUACAAGAGGGACAAUAGCGCCCCAACCUACUCCGUUCAGUCUGUUGAGGAGAUCAUGAAGAUUGUUGAGGAGGCGCGAACACCACCUCCUUCCUCCACCCCCGUGGCUGGCUUUGGUUGGGCAGAGGAGGAUGAGCAGGAGGACAGCAAGAAACCAGAGGAGAAACACGAGGAGGAAGAAGAGGAUGGCGAGGAUGAGUAUGACAAACAGGUGAAGGAAGUCCACGCCAGCGGUGAGUUUCAUAUCAGCUGAGGAUUUCGCUGAUCAAGAGAGACCGCAAACAGUAGGAGAUACUGCGGUAGCUGAAGAUGGACCUUACACUCCCAUCCUUAUAGUUUGUGGUCUUGUUUUCAAGUUUUCUUUCAUUUUUUUACCCCUCUGAUGCUGCAACAGUGUAAAUUAUUAAAGUGGUUCCAACACUGCCUUUGUAUUCACUGAUUAAGUUAGCAUGAGGAACAUAACUAUGGAAUAAAACACCUCGUUGGGCA